UCUGCUGCAGCAGCUGCAGGCUCUGCAGGCGAUGGUGACAGGAAAAAUCCAGAAGUCCUGCCGAAUGGCCGGCACCCAGACGUCAUCAUGCUUAAUGGUGGUCGUGUUGUGCUUCGCUCUGUUUCUGGGGAGUUUUUACCCGAGCAGCUUCACCCUGUCGUCAAGCAUCACCGAAACGGGCGUAGCAUCCAAACAUAUCGCAGAAUCCUACACAACUACAGUGAAAUCCAGGAGUUUGCUGUCGACCUUCGAGGACGAGCAGCCGCACCUCCUGGGCCUGGGCGGCGAAUAUCCCGAGCAGUGGGAGGACGCGCCGGCGGUCGUCAUGGCAGCGUGGCGCCGCUCGGAGCAGCAGAAGCUGAGCUCGGAGCAGAGCAGGGCGGAGACGCAUCCGCCUUUCCGGAAUAAAAGCAACGACACACAGAAGAACCUGCUGCUCGACCUGCACAGGUCGCAGAGGGCGAAUGGAAGCAGCAGUAAAAUUUUAGAGCUGGAUCGAUCAGUCAACGAGACCUCCUGAGGUCUGAUUGCGCUCCCUACCAGCAGAUAUGUUUUGUUCCUCUGGAGCUUUUUAAAGUGUCCUGAAGCAGAUUUCCUCCACAGCGCCCCCUGUUGAUGCCACCGCCUGCUCCAUCGAAAUUCUAAUAAAGAGGCACUGGAUGCCUUGUGUGUCUGAAUUAAAGUUGCACUGAUGGUUUCUGACUUGACAUAAAAAAUUCAGAGCAGUGCGGCGUUUAUUCCAGAGGAAAUAAUUAUAAAACACGACACGUGAGGUUUUUUUUACAGGACACUGAUGAUGUCACAAGUAUUUAUAGAAACUUUUUUUUGUUGCUAUGAUUUUUUUUUUUUAUUCUAUUACUUAAAAAUGCUUUCAUCACAUUUUGAUACUAGCUUGUGUUCAUGCUUUAUUUUAAUAUUUUAUUUGUAACCUUUUAUACUAUGUAUGUUUAUAUUUACGUUUCUGGGGCAUUUGUUGUGAGUCCCGCUAAGAAAAAAAAGGAAACUAAACAGAAAAAUCAAAUUAAUAUUAAGAUUUUUUUUUAUUUUUCAUGUUUUUUGAGAGUUUUUUUUUUCUCUAUUUUUGUCAUUGGUGGAAAAAACACAUUUUUGCAUCAUUUUAGCUCAUCAUUAAUGCCUUAAGUUCUUUUUAUAUUCAGUGUCCUGCCGAGGUAUUUAGGUUAAAUUAGCCUCUUUUCUGAAAAUAAAAAGACACUUAAUCAACUUAACUCAGCAUUCACC